AUGAAAGCGCAACAGACAACGGCAGGACCACAGGAACACGACCGCACGACAACUGAGCGGGACAGGAUCUGGGGGACAAAGACAGGGACAGCAGGAGAGAGAGAGAGGGAGGCAGGACAACUAAAUAGGCGAACCGCAAAAACUCAUCGUCAAGGAGCGACAGAUACGGCCAGGAAAUGGGGAAAAUAGAUGGGAAUCCAACUAUGCAGCAAUAAUAAAAUUCACGGGAAUUGA